AUGUUCUCAUUCACUGCAAAGUACAAGCCCGUCGACCACUAUAACGAAGAAGACACCAAGGAGGAGACUUUGGCUACCCUUCUACGUUCUGAAAAACAUAAGGUAGUAUUCGAGCCUCCCAAGCGCCUCUUUUGGGGUCGCUACAACUCGUGGAUUAGCCACGGCAUCCUCUUGUCCUUCGCCUUCCUUUUUAUGGCCUUGUGGGCUCACGCUGAGUCGCGAGUCAGGCCCAAGUACUCCAUUUACUCUCCCGCCAAUGUGGUUGCGGAUUACAACAAGGAGCUUACGACGUUCAACGGCACGUUUGACCACAAAUCGAUCUACCGCGGUCAGCCCAACCCGCAAAUCGACGAAGCAUGGAAGAGGGUCUUGACCGAGAUGAAGCCUACUCGACUGACCAAGGAACAGCUCGACAGAAUGGGCAUCAAGAUUACUCCGUCGAAAGUCAAGUUUUCCGAUGAAGACGGAGGCGGCUACAUGGCCACCAUCGAAACUGUCCAUCAACUCCACUGCCUGAACUCGCUUCGCAAAUACGUGCACCACGAGUAUUACGAGAAGUUCGAUCCUUUGUUCGUUGACGCUCCUAAGAUUUUUCGUACUCACUUGGACCACUGUGUGGAAAUAAUCCGCCAGAGCCUGAUGUGCUCCGCGGAUGUCGCUAUGAUUACUUACGAAUGGGUCAAAGGUUUCCCCCUGCCAUACCCGGACUUCAACACCAAGCAUCAGUGCAGGAAUUACCAGAAGAUCCUCGAUUGGGCGAACGACAAUGCGGUUCACAUCCCCAAGGAACAUGUCACCAGGCUUCCUGAUACACUGGACAUGCUCACUCCUCCUUGA